AUGGCCGCAGCUCCCAGCAUAAUGCAAGUCAUUGCGAUUACAACAGUGUUUGGGAACGUCAACGUGGAGAAGUCUCUGAGGAAUGUUGUAGCUAUGUUCCACAUCCUUUGGAAAGAAAUGGCUUGGCGAAAGGGCAAAGACAAAAGCUUUUCCUACGGAGCAUUUCAAAGCUUCAAACCGGUUGUGUCGCUGGGAUCGGGUCAUGCGCUAGGCCAGCCAGUUGUAGUUAAAACGAAUGGACGUCCAUACGGUCAAGACGGUUUAUGGAACUUCCAUGCUUUGUAUCCGGAGUUCACACCUGACGACUCUUGGAAAUCGCUCUUUGAUCAAAGCGUUCCCCCUCCAGAUAAGCAGCCCGAGUUUUAUCAGUACUUCAAUGCCUCGCGCGCGCCAUCUCACCUCGAUAUUCUUCGUAUUCUUAGGGACGAGCCCGCAAACACCAUCACCCUCAUUGCUCUUGGCCCUCUCACAAACAUGGCUCUGGCCGCUGCAGAAGACCCAGAGACCUUUUUGCGCGCUAAGGAGCUUCUGAUUAUGGGUGGUGCUAUAUCUGUACCAGGCAACAUAUCGCCCGUACCGGAAGCCAAUGCAUACAAUGAUGCAGCGGCAGCCGCGCGAACCCCUCUCUCAACGCUGGCUUAUACCUUUAUGGAAGGCAUUCUUGACAAGUGUGAUAAAGACUGCAUCUUUCUGGAAGGCACCAAUGAAGAGUGUAUCACCCUACACGGUCCCGUACCCGUCCGGUAUGCGCUCGAAAAGGACUUCUGGAACAUAUCAGCGCCUAGUGGCCUCUUCGUGGAGAGCUUGGGGCAAUGGGCGAAGGGGAUGCAAGUUGAGUACCAGAUUAACAUGACAGAUCCUUUCGAUUAA